GAGACGGUCACAGUGGAGGUGAGAGUCACAGUGGAGGUGAGAAUCAGAGCAGACCAUGGCCUUGCUGGUGCACCUGUGGACAGCCUUCGUUUGGAUAGCAGUGGCUGUCCAAUCUCUGCAGUCACCGAGCCCUCGGUACCCAAAACUGGGCGAGUGGGAGACCCUGCGCUGUGACUGUGCUGGACUGCUGUGCCAGACUGUGUACUGGGGUCGGAUGCAUAUGAUGGGGGGGAAAGCAGAAUUCCAGUUCCUUUUCUCCCACAACCAGGCGGACCGGAUUACACACGGUACAGGGAUCGAUGCAAGCGACUUUGGAGGCAGUCUGAGUGCGGGCAGCAGCAACACCUACUCCCUCAAGUUGAAGGUGAAGGAGGAGCACGCGGGCCUGUACUUCUGCAUUGUACCCAACAAACGCUCCUACCAGCUGGGAUUGCUGGCGCGACUCCUCCCCGGAGAGACACCUCAGGCUCCGCCCACCACCAAAACCACCACCACCAAGAAGAAGCCCUGCCCCUGCCCUAGGGAAGACACAAUUCUGCCAGUGAAAGGAUGCAGUUUCCGAGUAUUGUGGUCACUGGCCGGAACGAUCAUGGGCCUGGCACUCGUUUUACUGGCCACACUUCUGUACUUUUCCCGUCUUCCCAAGAAGUGUCGUCACCAGCUUGUCAAGAAAUAGAAUCCAGGCAAAAGAAGUAGCACAGCUGACCUUUGACAAGUUCUCCCACAUACUCCUCAUCAUCACCAAUGAACACGGAUGGAUACAUACAUACUGCUGUAACAUGGAUAGAUACAUACAUGGGUACAUGCUUUUAACAGGAUCCAGUUCACCGGACCAUGGGAAUGAAAUGGCAUGCUUCGCCCUGUUGGCUUGUGGAGGUUUGUUCUGAAUGGAUCGGUACUCCCUUGGAUAUUUAAAAGGGUUGGCAUUGCGUAUGUUAAGUUAUUAUGGUGUGUCAAAGCCUUAAACAGUUUGUUUUACCCCAUUGCUUUAUGAGAUGAGCUCUCUCUCUUGUUAUGUCUGACUUGAAUGUACUUCUAUUUUAAUUCAGUAUGUGCUUUCUCAUAACACACACACACACACACACACACACACACACACACACACACACACACACACACACACCAAGUAUAAUAUGUUUUUAUAAGAUAGUGAUAUUUUUAUAUGUCAGAUGGAUGUUGGGAUGUUUGUAUGUUUUUAAUUUGAAUAAUAUUUUGCUUCUUUUUUUGAAUGACUAUGUUCUAAAUUUGACAAAAAAUGAUUUCAUUGCCCGGUCUGGAAUGUAUCUAUUUUCCACACAUUUAAUGACCAGUGAUGUAAUGGCCAAAAGCCUUUUCUGUGCUGGCUUGAUCGAGUGCCAUUUUGUUGAAAUAAAAUGUAAAUAUGUACACUAUAAUUACAGAUUCAUUUUACUAUGGA